AUAGGUGCGCGUGCUCGUUAAUUCCUCAGUUGACCAAUUUGGUACGGUGUAAACUUACAUCUUCAAGGUUGAGGGUCGAGGACAAGAGCAGUCGGAACAUAUUGCUCAUGCGUUCUAAAUGGACAUCAAAAACUUGCGCUGAAUUUAUCCUAUCAAGACCCGUGGGAGAGAAUGGACGAGGUCGAAUAUCGUAAUGGGUGCACUACCCGAAACCGACCGUCAUUCGCAUUGGAUGACUCUCACUGGUCAUGUUUCACGGGUCAUAAAGGGGAGGUUCUGAGUUUGGAUUUGCUUGGGCCUCAAGAAAACGGAUCAGCGGUCAUGGGCGCAUCCAUGCUGGCAUCAGGGGGGGAAGACUCUACCUGCCGAAUAUGGGAUGUUGCUGCGGGGCGGGCCAUACGAUGUUACACGGGUAUGUUCGACGACAAUCAGGGGAUAAGCGCUGUCGCCUUUCUUGACAAGGAUCGCCUCUUCGCUGCGACAAAAACUUCCAUUUACGAAUUGGACCUACGCGCUCCAGGUAUAGUCGUCAAAAAUGCAGUGGGAAGUCUGCCUGACAUUGCUGACGAUAUGAUAAACCAGAUCUCGGUGCAAGCUCGACGCGGCAGCAAGAAGGUAGCAGUAGCUGACGACAGCGGGAAGGUCACCCUGCUAGACGCCAGCCUUCGCCCUCCAAAGCCCAUACGGACCUUUCAAUUCCCGGGAGGGGAAGAUUUUUGUACGUGUGUAGCGUUUCGGCCACGCGUGCAGUGGGACCUGGCCUGUGGUUUUCACAGCACGAGUACCCUGGGCCUGUGGGACUCUUCGCGGGGACAGAGGGGGUGCCGAGCCAUAUCCGUGGAGGCGGGAUCGCUGAGUGCUGCGGGAGCAAAAGACGCUGAUGCCGAUGAUCCCACCACUGCUCCGUCGGCAGUCUCAUCUUGUCAGCUUUUCAAUCCCCCCUACAUUAAUGGCCUGUCUUUCUCAGCGGACGGGCGCUUCGUAGCAGUUGCCAAGGGCAACGGCGAAGUAGGCGUGUACGACUUCGUGGAAGGGAGCAUGGUCGCCCUCCUCGAGGGGGGACAUUCGACAAGCGUGGCUGGCGUCUCUUUCUUGGAUGUGCAGGGUGCAGACUUGCCGGGAAAAGGAGCUUCGGGUGUGAGGGGACGGUCAGGGAGGUCUGGUCCCUUUAUCUUGGCGUCCGUUGGGAACGACCGCGUGCUGAACCUGUGGGAAUGCCCCUUACUUCCCGCCUCGGGUAACGAUGUUCCCAGUGGAAUAAUGACGCCGGCAAGGGUCCUGAAGCGAUUCAGUGGUUUGCCGGGAAAGCCCAACUGGAUGGUCAGCGCCGUCCGCCCCUGUCAGGAGGCGAGAGAGGCGGGGGUGGUUUGCUUCCAGAUUUUUGUGGCCACCACCUCCGCGCACAUAGCUGUUCUUAACACAUGUCUAGUCAAGCAAGAGCAGUAAAGAAAAAGGCAGUCUGCUGGCCCAUGCACCGGCUUGCAUGUGUCCAUUGAAAGCCUGUG